AUGCCUUCUGUUUAUACUCGUGUUCUUUAUAUUUGCGACCCUAUUACAACUGCGCCGGCUCCCUUUGUCACCUCCAACUUUCCACCCCAGCCUAUCUCCCGUACCCCUUACGAUCUUUUCUUCCCCAACGGGCUGGGGCCGUCAUCUUGCUUUUCUCAUCUCACAUUCCUUGAUUGCGCGUACACUUUACACUCCCGGAACUCGAUGCGGUAG